GCUUGAGUUUUUGAUGUAGGUCUAUCUUAUGUACUUCAGGUCGCAUCAUAAAGUUAGUAUUCUCUUUUAUCAACAUAGUAGCAGAUCAAUGGCAAUUUUUAAUGCUGAAGUUAGUGUUACCUCACAAUUCAUUGGGUUAGUGUUUACAAAAUUGUUCGAACUCCGAUCAAACACCAGUCUUAAUAACAAUUCCCCUUCCAUAACCACAUCUAACUAAGGAUUCUUCAGUUAUUCUUCACCAUUCCUCUCAAUGACUACAGGCGUUAUUUUUAGGUCUUGUUCAGUUUCACCGGUAAAAUUACUUUCAUCAACAUUUUCGCUAAUUGUUAUUUUGCUAACAAUUGUGAUUGACUCUUAUUUUAUGAAACUUUAUAUUGCAUGGAGUCUCAUCAAUCAAUAAUUUGGUCUGCUUAAUAUCGGAUAGAGUGAGCUACUUCCAAGUAUCACAGACAACAAUCCAAACAACUGCUUUUUAUUAAUUUCAAGUUUUGCUGUCACUCGUUAUUGAAUUGUAUUUAUUUUGCUAAUUUUAUAUUGAUUUAUCUGGUUAAAUAACAAAUAUGACGACUGAAGACGACGAGUUUUUCCUUGAAGAAGAUAAACUGGGAAUGAAAGUUACAUCUGGAGUGGUCAAGAUUGACAAAGAUGAAAACAAUCUAAUAGGAAUCUCAAUCGGCGGUGGAGCUCCAAACUGUCCAUGUUUAUAUGUUGUUCAGGUUUUUGAUGAAACUCCAGCAGCAAAGGAAGGAACUCUUGAAUCUGGCGAUGAAAUUGUUUCUGUGAAUGACGUUUCUAUGAAAGGAAAGACAAAAGUCGAAGUAGCCAAAAUGAUUCAAUCGGUUGGGACUCAAGUCAUCAUUAACUUUAACAAAUUGCAUGCUGACCCAAAGCAAGGCAAAUCCUUAGAUAUUAUCCUGAAAAAAGUAAAACACAGGAUGGUCGAAAAUAUGAGUUCAGCCACAGCUGAUGCUCUUGGCUUGAGUCGAGCUAUUCUUUGCAAUGAUAGUUUACUGAAGAAGCUGGAAGAGCUAGAAAAAAUGGAGUCAAUGUAUAAAGGAAUCAUCGAUCAUAUUGUAUCUUUAUUAAAAAGUCAUUUCGAUAUGUGCCAAGUUUAUAAAGCAUUUGGUGAUGUAUUUGCUGAAAUCGGAGUCCGAGAACCGAAUCCAUCGGCUAGUGAAGCAUUCAGUAAAUUUGGUGAAACUCAUAGAUCCAUUGAGAAGCAAUCAAUCGAAAUGCUUCAAAAUCUCAAACCGGUUCUCAAUGAUCUUCACACUUUUUUGUAUAAAGCCAUUCCGGAUACAAAGUUGACUAUCAAAAAAUAUGCUGAUGUCAAAUUUGAAUAUUUGUCUUAUUGUUUAAAGGUAAAAGAAAUGGACGAUGAAGACUGCCAAUAUCAAAUGUUACAUGAACCACUCUAUCGAGUUGAAACUGGUAACUACGAGUAUCGGUUAAUCUUGAGAUGCCGUCAAAUUGCUAGGAAACGUUUUGGUAAACUUCGAUCAGAUGUUCUUGAAAAAUUGGAGCUUCUCGAUCAGAAACAUGUCCAAGAUAUUGUCAUGCAACUGCAACGUCUCAUCUCUUCAUUUGGUAGUCUUCACAUUGAUUGUCAUUCAUGGAUCAAGGAUAAUUUAAUAUCACCAGUUGAAGUUGAUCUAUCAAAUACUUGUACAUUCACAUAUCCUGAACUUGAAUCAAGCCCAUACCAGGAUGAAGACCAAGAAGAGGAAGAAGCUGAAGAAGCUGUACCCGAACUACUCGGUGGAUUAACACUGGGUGGAAAUUUACCAGAAAUGGAAACAAAAUCUUCUAAAAAACUUGCAGAGAUUGAUCUUCUUAGCAUUGAUUGAGAAGAUCAUUCCUCAAAAUGUACAAAUAUUAAUAAAACCGAAUGAA